AUGGCCGGCCAAGCAGUUGGAGACAUGGUGGUUCAGCUGGACUUAAUAUUUAAAGUCCAUCGCUUAGAAGAAGCAGAUAGAUAUUGUUACAGCCUUCCUGACCAAAGGAGAACAGACCUUAAUGGCGUUGAGGAUAAACAUCUGGAGAAAGCAGAGGCCACGAUGCAGACAAUGAAGGAACUGGGACUAUCUACAUAUGAUACACUCAUUGAUGAAUUCAAACACAUUGAUCAAAUUCAAACGACUUCGAUGGCUCUGAGGAGGCUUGGGACGAGCGGUUAUCAAUGCAGAUAUGCUUGA